AAACCGUCACAAAUACUUCCAAAAAGCGUCGCCUGCGAGGGAAAAUCACACCGUCUACGGGCGUUGGCAAGCUUGCGGGGCCGCCGGUUUUUGAGCUCAUUCCAGCGCAGCUCUAUACACCUUGGUCGAUUUGGCCGUAAUGUCAAAAAGUGUUUGCUUGUAAACAAACAAAGAUUUGCAAAUUGGUGCAAUAUCCAAACAAUCCUCAAUCGCAAUUAGCUCCGCGCGAGCCGUUCUUUGAGCAGAAACGUACAUUUGCUCGCCCAGAUGGAGCAAUGUUGCCGAUUAUGCAUGGAUGCCAAUCCGAUGCUAACCAGCAUUGCCAACUAUCGGUUUCUGUCGGUGGAAAAGGCGUGUGCCGUCGCGCUGGCCGAUCUCAUUGAACAGUAUCUAGAGAUCAGUAUGAAUCAUUCCGCAACUGAGCCUUUGAUUUGUGGCGAAUGCUUGAAGCGGCUCGAAGAAUGGCAUUCGUUUCGCGAAAGCUGCCACCAGCACGAUCGUUACUUUCAGCAGCCGAACAUCAAAUUCGAAGAAGUGAUUACCAUCGAGCCGCGAUACGUGCUGGAACCGAUCGACUCAUUGGAGAGGCAGAAGCAAAACGAUAAAGCACAGCAGGAAGAUUGCAUCGGUGAAGAAGAGGAAAAGUUGGAGCUGGAUGAGGAGGAGGUUGGCAUACAGAUGGCUUCAGAAUCGGAAACCUCUGACAUUGUGCCAAAAGAGCAAUCGAAACAGGACGUCCUGAAGAGUAAUGCAGACACCCGUCCUACCAUACGGAAGCAAGUUCACAAACCACUCGCCACAAAGGGAAAGCGUGGACGCCCUAAAUCGUACCGGGAACGUGUGGAGUCGCCAAAAGCGGACCAAAAGAAAGAGAGCGUGGAGCAGCCAAAGCACGACCCACCCCAGCAUGCAGCCCGAAAGCAGCGACCCAUGCCAAAAAUCUGCACCAUAUGCGGGGUGGCGCGAACCGACAUGGCCGCCCAUAUGCGCUGGCACAACAACGAGCGCCCGUAUCAGUGUCCGCACUGUCCGAAGAUAUUCCUGAACAGCUCCAAUCUGAAGAAUCACAUCAAUCUGCACACGCGCGAAAAGCUGUACAAGUGUGAUCUCUGUGAUAAGGAGUUUGCCAGCACGACCGGGCGCAGCAAGCAUCGGGAAAUACACGCGACGGAGCGGGUGCACCUGUGCACCGUCUGUGGCAAGCGGUUCAAGUACCGCGCAUCGCUGGCACGCCACAAGCUGAUCCAUUUCGAGGAACCGAAGCAGAAGUGCUCCGUCUGCGAUAUGAUGUUUCUAACGAAAACCCGUCUGACGAAACACUUUAUGGUGCACAUGAACGUAAAACCGUUCAGCUGUGAGGUUUGCGGGAAAGCGUUCAACCGGAAGGACAAUCUCAAAACGCACAUGAAAACGCAUGCGGCACAGCGGAAGCGGGAGAAAAAGCAAGAGCCAGCAGGAAUUGUCGUGCCGCAACAACAGCAGACGUCCGAAGAGAUUAUUAUAUGAAACCAGUUCAAGCAGAACAGAUGCAUAUUGCUCGAUUUAAAAAGAGGAAUAAACGAUAGGCUUUGAA